AUGGCAAUGUGUGCCUUGGCCUCUGCGCGAGCUCGUGAUGGGGCCCUGUAUUCAAAGCGCUGGUGUCCCUCGCAACUGGCAAACCCGCCCUCUGAGGUCUUCUGCACAGCGGCAAAGGAAUCUAUUCCUCGAGACCUGGCGGCAGCUAGAGGUCUCGAAUACCUGAGGACAUGUGCCAUUCUUAGCAUUGCCGGCAUCCAGAAUGGACAAAUCCAGGACAUGCAACAGUAUGCGGGCAUCUACCAUACGUUGACUGGAAUGGAAGGGCUGCAUGAUGAGAAGCUCUGGCCCAAAGACUUGAGCCCCGUUGAGGUUGAGGUCCGGAGAAGACUGUUCUGGUCCAUGUAUACGCUGGAUGUAUAUUCAUCCAUUGUAUGGGGCGGAGUCAUCCGCUACCGAGAAGCCCAGUCUAAUGUGCACUAUCCGAGUGAGGUGAAUGACGAUUUUACCUCCGACAAUGAAUAUCAGGUGGAUCUCAAUGAUGUUUAUGGUGGAAAGGGACAACCGAGUCAGUGGAUGCGUGGCUGGAACUUCACCACCGACCUUUAUCGAAUACUCGAGCAUGCCGUGGAUUGCCAGCGAUGGCGCUCGCCUCCAAACACUGACGGGAAGACCGAAGUCUGGUCGUUAUUCCGCCCAGCCCAAAUGACGGCAUCCUCGGUCAUGGACCACGUCCUUUCCAUGUACUCUGCGCUGCCUGCGCAGUUUCGAGAAACCCCACCUGUCACCGGCCAUCCGGCGCAUGAUAUCGUGGGCUUCCAGUCAGCUAACAUUCAAGCAACUCUCCAGCUUCUACGAAUGGUUCUGUUCUCAAGCGAAGACCGAGGGGUGGAUGGAAAAUGCGACGUAGCAGGGCAAGUCCUAAGCGUCUUCUCCAAAGUACCAGUCGAAUAUUUGAAAGCUAUCAGUUCUCCCUUGCUGCAUCAUCUGGGCGGGAUUGGCUAUAUCCUUGGGUCGGUUAUGGAAGGAAGUCUCUCUGAGAAAUCUUAUCGGCGAGUCCGCACACUCCUAUUGGAAAUGGCCCAGCUUUUGCAUCGUUUGGAGUCAGGUUUUCGGCGUUCCACUGGUGCUAGCGAACGACUCAAAGCGCAGGUAGGUCGCAUUGACGAGUACAUGCGCAUUCAAGCAUCCUCCAUCAUAUCCUCUGGUCCACAACGGAGGUCGUCGUUUCCUAACCCCGACCAUAUGCAAAGCCGUCUGGCCUCAUCAGAGGAUCAAGAAGACAGCAUCGCAUCCAUACACGCACCCCUAAGCGGAUUUGAGGACCCCAUGACUCAGUUUCAGCUGCCGCCAGAACUACUGGAUGACUGGCCCUGGUCAUUUGAUACGAUUCUGCCGGAGGGAGUGUUCCCAAUGCCAUUUAUUAAGUGA